AUGCCUCUACGAACCAGCCUCAACGAAAACACCAGCCCAACUGCCCCCACCCCAUCGCCAACCCCGAACAAGCUCCAGACCGACGUUCUCAUCGUCGGCGCCGGCUUCGGCGGCAUCUUCUGCCUCCACGAGAUACGCAAGCUAGGCCUAAAGGCCACGAUCUACGAAGCAGGCACCGACAUCGGCGGCACCUGGCGCUGGAACUGCUAUCCCGGCGCAGGCGUCGACUCGGAAGUGCCCGAAUACGAGUACUCGAUCCCCGAGAUCUGGAAAGACUGGACCUGGUCCACGAACUACCCCACCUACGACGAGAUCCGCCGGUACUUCGACCACGUGGAUGCCGUGCUGCAGGUGAAGAAAGACUGCGCGUUCAACAGCGUCGUCGUCGACGCGCAGUUCGACACGGAGCGGGGCCAAUGGUGCGUCACGACGGCGGAUGGACGGACGGCCGUGUCGCGGUACUUGAUUAUCGCGACGGGGUUCGCGGCCAAGCGGUAUGUGCCUGAGUGGGCGGGGAUGGAGACCUUCAAGGGAAUCGUGCACCAUUCGUCGUUCUGGCCCGACGAGCCCGUCGAUGUGCGCGGAAAGCGGUGCGCGGUUAUCGGGACAGGCGCGUCGGGGGUGCAAGUUACGCAGACGUGGGGGCCUGUGGCGGGCUCGCUGAAGGUCUUCCAGCGGACGCCGAACCUGGCGCUCCCGAUGCGCCGGCGGGCGCUGUCGGGCGAAGAGCAGAGGAAGAACAAGGCGGUAUAUCCGGAACUCUUCUCGUUGCGCGAGAAGUGCUUUGGCGGGUUCCUGUAUACCUUUGAUGAGAAGAGCAGCGCGGAUGACAGCGCGGAGGAGCGCGAAGCGUUCUUCGAGAGACUGUGGGAGGCGGGCGGGUUUCGCUUCUGGCUGGCGAACUACAAGGACUACCUCUUCGAUGCGAAGGCGAACAGGCUGGUCUACGAUUUCUGGUGCAAGAAGGUCCGGCAGACGAUCGACGACCCGAAGCAACGCGAUAUCCUCGCGCCGCGGGAGCCCCCACAUGCAUAUGGGGUGAAGAGGCCGUCACUGCAGCAUAGUUACUACGAGCAGUUCAACCGGUCGUCCGUCGAGGCGAUUGAUCUCCGGGGGAAUCAGAUCGUCGCGUUUACAGAGAAGGGAAUCAAGAUGGAAGAUGGAACCGAGCACGAGCUCGACGUCGUCUGUAUUGCGACGGGCUUCGACAUCGCAACGGGUGGCAUGACGAGCAUGGGCCUACGAAGUAUCCACGGCACGAGACUGGAGGAUGAAUGGAAGCACGGCGCAUACACCUACUUGGGCACAACGGUCAGUGGGUAUCCGAACAUGUUCCACCUGUAUGGGCCGCAGGGCCCGACGCUGUUCAGCAAUGGGCCGACGACCAUCGAGAUCCAGGGUCGCUGGAUCGCGCAGGCAAUCAAGCAUAUCGAGCGGCAGGGGAUCCGGUACAUAGAUGCGACACCCGAGGCAGCGCAGGAAUGGAAGAAGCGCAUCAACUUUCUGUCCGAUGUCUCGCUGUUUCCCACCACCAAGUCGACGUACAUGGGGGGUGAAUUAUGCGGGGGCGAAUAUGCCUAUGCACAAGAUAUCCGGGCUGCAUUACCGGAGUUCACGGGGUUUCAGGUGGUGCGGGCACAGAAGCCCCGGCAGACAUCGAAGAUCUGA